AUGAAGCCCAACCCCACAGGCUCCUCCCCAGAGACCUGCAAAGCUGCAGGCCGCGCACCACAGCCGAAGACUCAGUCCAAACCCACUCAGGCACCCAGGCAGAAGGUUCUGGUGACAGGAGGAGGAGGCUACCUGGGCUUUAGCCUGGGUUCCAGCCUGGCUAAGAGUGGCACUUCUGUCAUCCUGCUUGAUCUACGCAGACCCCAGUGGGAACUGCCCCCAAGGACUGAGUUCAUCCAGGCUGAUGUCCGAGAUGAGGAAGCCCUGAACCGGGCCUUGGAAGGGGUGGACUGUGUCUUCCACGUGGCCUCCUAUGGAAUGUCUGGUGCUGAGAGGCUGCAAAAAGAACAGAUUGAAUCUAUAAAUGUCGGAGGCACCAAACUAUUGAUCGAUGUCUGUGUCCGCCGGAGGGUUCCAAGGCUCAUCUACACCAGCACCGUCAACGUGGCAUUCGGCGGGAAACCCAUAGAGCAGGGCCAUGAGGACUCAGUGCCAUACUUCCCCCUGGACCAGCACAUAGACCACUACUCCCGAACCAAAGCCAUCGCUGACCAGUUGACCCUCAUGGCCAACGGGACUCCUCUCCCAGGAGGGGGUAUUCUUCGGACCUGUGUGCUGCGGCCCCCAGGGAUCUACGGCCCUGAAGAGCAGAGGCACCUACCCCGAGUGGCGAGCCACAUCAAGAGGAGGCUGUUAAUGUUCCGAUUUGGGGACCGCAGGACACGGAUGAACUGGGUCCACGUUCGCAAUCUGGUGCAGGCUCACGUGCUGGCAGCAGAAGCCCUCACGGCGGCCAAGGGCUACGUGGCCAGCGGGCAGGCCUACUACAUCAAUGACGGGGAAAGCGUCAACCUCUUUGAGUGGAUGGCACCCCUGUUUGAGAAGCUGGGGUACCACCAGCCAUGGAUCCAGGUGCCUACUUCCUGGGUUUACCUGGCAGCCACCGUGAUGGAGUUCCUGCACCUGAUCCUUCGGCCCGUCUGCAGUGUACCCCCUCUGCUCACUCGCAGUGAGGUGCUCAGCGUGGCAGUGACGCACACCUUCCAGAUCGCCAAGGCCCGUGCUCAGUUGGGCUACUCUCCCGACAAGUUCAGCUUCGCCGACGCGGUGGAGCGGUACGUGCAGUCCACGACCCGGCAGCCCAGCGGCUCCACAUCGCAGACGCUCCUGCGGCUGCUGCUCGGGCUGCUGCUUCUCCUGGGCCUGCUCGGCCUCGCCCUGCAUUUCCUACGCCUGCAGCCAGUGCAGGCGGCGGGGAGGCGCCUCUGA